AUCACAGAAAAAAAGCAACACAGCUGAAAUUACGAAUUCUCUAACAUCGGAAAAUCGGACAAUAAGGAACGUACGAGUGGCAGAAUUACUCAUCACAAAUAGGAUUGGAUGAUACCAAUGGAUUCCAUUGGCAAUUCAUUGGAAUCGUCCAAUUCCAUUUUUGAGGUCUCCUCACCGCCGCUUGGAGCAGAUCCCGAACAAAAUCUCUGACACCAUUGGACAUACUAGGCACCAAUGAACAACACUGCUGGCUUUGAAUGGAAAUUCUAAGAAUGGUCAGAUACUUGAGAGCUCUGCCUGGAAAUAAGCUUUACUUUUUUUCCGUAAGAGACAUUACAAUCGCCUACACAUGCACAAUACAGGGCCGCUAACCUAAUUGUAGAAUAAUAAACACGAUGUAUUAAAAAUGUUAUACAUAACUUUAUUUAUUUCCUUUUUGUGUACAAUGUCAAUACAACAAUGUUUCUAAAAUAAUUUCACACUGCUUGAAGAAAAAUAUCACUAUACAUUAUAUAGGUCUGAUUAUCAAGGAUUAAAAAACUUUCUUAUUUCUUCUUGAAUAUUCUUUAUAUACUUGGAUAAAUGAUUUAAGAUCGUAUAUAAAUCUUUUUAACGAAAAUAUUUAUGCAACAUGAGCACUCUGUAUUCUUAUAUCAAUUUUUUACGAGAAUUAACAAGAAUGAUGAAACACAAUUACAAGUACAUACUUUUUUAUACAUUUAUACAUUAUGUAUUUCAUAAAUUCAAAGUAUUAAUGAACACAAGAGUUGAGUGGAAAGUUUUGCCAGACUAUGAAUUUCAGAAUGUAGCCAAACAAUCUUACAAUGAAGCAGAGUACUACAUAGAUUGCAAGUCUUGUUUACUGGCAAAUAUAAAGUUUUUAAAAAUAUGUACUCCCACUUGGUUUUAUGUGUGCUCUAAGGUAUCUUAUAAAAAGUACAAAUUAUUAGUUAUACCACUAAAUGAUUUAAGUACAAAUGAAAUAUUUGUAAGCGAACUUGUUAGACAUAAUAUAGAAAAUGCACUUCGAUGCACAAUUGAUAAUUGUUUUUUGUUGCCAAUAAAGGAUGAUAGUGUUAGUUUUGCUGCAGAGGCAAAAAUUUCUAUGAUAUCAAAUUCAUAUGACUGCACAAAUGAUUUAAUUAUUGCUGUACUUGAAGAUUAUUUUUCUGAACCUCGAUUUUUAAGAAAAAAUGAUUUAUUUGCUAUUAACGCAAAAAAUCAGUUUUAUUCACACAGUAAUCCCUCAUUGGCUGUGAUAUAUUUCAAAGUUAAUUUCGUUAAGAUCAAAGAGAAUGUAAAUUCUACAGUAAAGAAUGGUUGUUACAUUUUGAGAGAAGAAACAACACUUAUUCAAGAAUCAAAUAUACAUAGUUAUCUACCUCAAAGAUAUUUCUAUCUUGAUGCCAAAGAGAAAUUGUUGGAACCAUAUCCACCAAAUUUUACAAAACUUCUAACACAUUUAGAACAUUGUAUUUUGCCAUUUAUUAAACAUGAUAUUCAAUUACCCAUAAAGCCAAUAUUUUUGAUUAAGGGUUCAUUAGGCUCUAAUAAACACAAAUUGAUACAAACUGUGGCAGAAAGGAUUGGAUUAAAUUUUCUCUACGCGGAUCUAGCAGAAGUUCAGGCUUUGACAUCGGCGCAAACAGAAGCCAAAUUACGCAUCGUAUUGCACAAUGCUGAACAAUCCAUACCAUGUGUACUUUGUCUAAGUAACAUAGAAUUAUUUGGAAAAAAUUCUGAAGGACAGAAAGAUGAAAGAAUUAUAUCUACUUUUGCAACAGAAGUAAAUACGCUGUACAAUAAACAUUUAAAAUAUCCAAUUAUCAUAAUAGCUACAACAAAUGAAACCGACAUAUCAGCAGAGUUAAACAGAAUGUUCAUCGAAACAAUUCAAAUCGAGCAUCUAAAUCAGGAUGAGAGAACAGAUCUGAUUUCAUGGUUGCUUGCCAAACGGAACUUAAAUUACCAAUCGAACCUGUUGAAAGUUGCAGGAAUGUGUUCAGACUACAGAUUCGCAGACUUGAAUGCACUAAUACUACAUGCAGUCAAAUUUCAUUACAAGUACAGGAAUACUGAUUUCAAUUCGCUGACACUGACUCAAGAAGACUUCGAUAAAGCUUAUGAGUAUAUGCAAUCAAUAUACACUGACUGCAAGGGUGUACCUCGUGUCCCAAAAGUGCACUGGGAAGAUAUCGGCGGUUUAGGGGACCUCAAGCACGAAAUUAUGCGCCGUAUUCAACUACCCCUCUUAAAUGCUCUCGGUUUUGGUCAAUCUGGGUUACUUUUAUACGGACCACCUGGAACUGGAAAAACUCUUCUCGCUAAAGCCGUUGCAACCGAGUAUCAGCUCCACUUUCUAUCUGUUAAAGGUCCUGAAGUAUUGAACAUGUAUGUCGGUCAAAGCGAGAAGAAUAUUAGGCAGGUGUUCGAACGAGCAAAAUCAGCGGCCCCAUGCAUAAUAUUCUUCGAUGAGCUGGAUUCGUUGGCACCAAAUCGUGGCCGCAGUGGCGACAGUGGAGGAGUAAUGGAUCGUGUCGUAUCUCAACUACUUGCUGAAAUGGAUGGCCUUGAUGGUUCCAACAGCAUCUUUAUCAUAGGGGCCACGAAUAGGCCAGAUCUCAUAGACCCCGCUCUCCUUAGACCCGGUCGAUUCGACAAGUUGUUAUACGUUGGCAUUCAUUCCGAUCGCGACGCCCAACUCAAAGUGUUAGAAGCAUUGACUCGUAAAUUUAAAUUGCGCGAAAACGGCGAAGAAUUAGCACAGCUGAUAGAUCAUAUGCCUGCUCAUACUACUGGGGCUGAUUUGUAUUCAGUCUGUUCCAAUGCGUGGUUGAACGCUGCCCGUAAAGUAUUGAGCAAAGAUGAUCCAAACAAUUCGAUGGAACAAUCUGUUUCAAAUAAGAUUGGCUUAAAUGAACCUAUCACCGUGGAGCUGGCAGACUUUUUAGAAGCUGUUCACGAAUUGGUCCCAUCUGUUAGUGAGGAGGAGGCGGAAAGAUAUAGAAGAAUGCAAACAGAAUUGUCGUCGUCAUAGUAAUUGAAAACAUUGUAUCAGAAACGUCCGCUUUACGAGGGUUGAACAUCUUUCAAUAUUAUAAACGACAGUCGAUCUUUUUAUUUCGGGAAAUAUGUAAAACAAUUUUUUACAACGAACAGUUAAAUCAAGAAAGGUAUUAAUCUACGCUCUAUCCCUAGAUAUUGCACCAGAACGGUUACUCUUAGACGCUAGUGCGUGACAAAGAACAGCAGCAGUGCCGAAUACCUAAUUCCGAGGGCACGAUCCUUGAACGGUUCCAUUUUCCUACCUUAUUAAAAAUUCUGUUACAAUAUACACUGAUCCGAAAUAUACAAUGUAGAAAAAUAGGAUAGCUAAAUCCACUGUGUACCUAUACCGGGCAUGAAAUUCAGUAACAAACGAAUAAAGGGUUUUUUUUACUGGA